AAACAUAACCUACAAUAAUCAGCGUGUAGUAAAUAUUUGUGGAUUUUAAUUUAUUUUAUAAUAAAAACAAUAAGAUGGGCAGGAAAAUUCCGGCUAGGAAGCAUAAAGGUGUUAGGGAUCCGGAGAAGCAGCGCCAGGAAAGAUUGAACAAGAUCAAGCAUUUGAUAAACUGUCCCCCAUCUGAUAUCAAUAACCAGGAGAUUCCGAGAAGUCUCCUGGAGAUUAUGGAGCUGAAGAAGAAAGCAUUGGAGCCUAUGCAAAGGCGGAAGCCUAAAAGGAAUAAGAAUGAGUUUACUAUUCCCGGUUCGAAUGGUAAGAAGGUGCUGAAAAGGUUGGAUUGUGAAUCUAAAGAGGAGUUUCUCGAUCGCGUUAAUAAUGUCUGCGAUGAUCUUGUGGCGGAUGCUGAGGUUUCAAAGAAAUAUAAUGUGGAGCUGAAGAGAAACGAUUCUGGGGAUAUUGUGGAUGUGGUUAAAGGGAAGAAAGAUGUUUUGGAGGAAUACGUGAAUAAAAUAACCAAGGAAAAGAAUAAGAAGGGUAAGGCGAAGGCAAAAGGUGACGGUUUGAGGAAGACGCAGAGGCGCGCUUUGAAACUGAAGGAGAAGAAGGCUGUAAAGGAGGCGAGAGACGUGGAUGAGUUCAAGAAGAUGAAGGAUGAUGUUGCUUUCGGUGAAAUAGUACACGCUCCUCCGACGUUGGUCGUGCCUAGAAGGGGUCAAACCAAGGAUGGAGCUGAUAGGCCUGGAAAGAGAAAUUUACUGCUGAAAUCGAUGAUGACGAAUGAUGGUGAUGAAGCUAAAGCAGCUUCUGGCAUUAAAGUAGGCAAAGUGAGUAAAGCCGCUGGAACUCAGUUUGAUAGGACUGGAAAAAGGAAAGACAUGCCUGCAGCGCUCAGGAGACAAUUGGAUAAGCAGCAAAGUGAAGUCAUCCAAGCCUACAAAGAUUUGAAAAAGAAAAAAUAUAUUAAAUAAUUACAUAAAAAAAAAUGUUUAAU